CACAUCGCGGAUUAGCGCGGAAACGAACCUAUUUUUGGAUGCGUGUCUCAUUGGUGGCAUUGGUGCACGUGCUAAAGAUCAAGCCGAUCAAGCGGUUUCACAAUGUGUCAAAAAAUGUCUCCCGUCGAUCGUUACAUUCGUUACACCUUUUAAAACGCCGAGGACGCUUUAUCACCCACAUUGGAAAAUGCCAAUGUAAAUAAAAUUCCGUUCCGUUUCCCGUUGCGUCAACAUCGUUGAUUUCUCCGCUGCUCGUUCGCACGCGAUUGGAGCGGGUCUAUGAGGCGGAUCUGUCGUGUCGGUCGUAGCAAUCACGUCGCAUCGCAAUGAAUUCACGCAGAGGGAAGAACGAGGAGGUAUUGGCGGAGGUUCUAGACUUGUUCCUCUUGCCGGAUUACAACGUCGUCUCGACAACCUAUUUAGAUCAUUUGCUCACCCACAUUGCGGAGAACACGAAAGAAUGUGCCACGGUCGAUUACGAGUACUGCGAGGUCUUUCAAAAAUGGAUACCGAAGGCUUUAGCGAUAUGGGAGUCGGGACAGAAGGCUUCGCAACCUGUAAUCACGUUUACGCUGAAACUGGUAGGGAUUAUCUCGCGGCACGAACUGCGUUAUCACUACUGGCAAUGUCAGGACGUAUACAACCGACUCUACAAAGUCCUGCAAUUGCACCGAGAAGAUUUGCCGGCGUCCAUUAAAAUGGCAUAUACCACAAUGUUGUCGAACUUGAUCGUUCAUCGAAGCGGCAGACAGUGGGUAAUACAGUUUGGUGUAUGGAAGGACGUUGUGAAAUACGCACAUUGGAAUCAGACGAUGUACGUUACGAGGGAGAGUCAGAAAUUCUUGUGGACCUUGCUGCUGCAUGAACAAAAAAACACUGAGACGUGCAAAGAGAUCAUUCUGACAGUCGCUGCUCCCCUGAUGAGCAAUAUUCUGAAUGUACAAAUGCACCAGGCACUGGAGGAGACGUAUCUGGAGCAGAACAAACUGUUGUGCUCUACGUUGGACUUAUUGACCAGCAUCAUGGAGAACACUCUGUUUGCGAGUUUGGACAACAGCAUUCCCGAGUUGAUCGAGAGACUCGUAGACCUCGAGAUGCGGGUGAAGGCGUUGUUCGAGGCCUGUAUCAGCACUAGAUUUCUUCAACAUGUGCACAAGCUGCUGCUAUUGUCACUAUUUUUGAAGCUGAAGCAAGGAAUUAAGGAGAACACCACAAUGAUCGACAUUGACGCAUGGCACAAGUUCUGCUAUGGUCUGUGCUACAUUUCUAUGAUGUUGUUGUCGAAGAAGGACAUUAUAGAGCUGGUGAAGAACAACAAGUUCUCUAUGACAUACUGGAAAAAGUUGCUUACAUUGCGUGAAUUUGUUCUGCCGGAGGAGCACAAGUUUGAGCACCAAGCCAUCGCAUUAAUGAUAAUACCACUGUGCGUCUGUAUAAAGAAGAAUCAUUUGAAUCACGAUCUCUUCGAUAUGUUUGUUAGUAAAAUUUUCGACGUAACGUGUACCACUGUACAAAGAUUAGCUUACAGCAUGAGAGACAUUAUACGGAAGGGGGAUCUUCCAAUGGAGCAGAUUUGUAAAGUUUCUAUCGAUAUACUCCUUGAAAUAUCAGACAUAAUGGAUAGAGAUGUAGCUGUGAUUGCUUUCCAAGCCUUAUGCCACGUCUUGAAAAGUUACAUGCCGGACAUGUGCGGGCAAGCGAGGAAUUGCACGUCAUCAGACAUAAACAGCACCUCUCCUUCGGAGAAUCCGCGAAAGUUUCUGUAUAAAUCGAUAUUGGACGGUGAUCCUAUAGUCAACUAUCCUAUUCUACUGGCGUCGCUGCUCGAUGGCUUGGCUGUCAUGACAGAAAAAUUCAAACUGAAAUGGCAGGAAUGCGUGGAAACGAUAUGUGUGUUAUCCCUCGCACAGGAGAUUCUCAAUCAUCCUGGGAUACUACCGACGAUCUGUGUGAAGGCAUUGAAACUGUGCAAACUCGCCAUCCAUAACUUUAUGCCGCCUAAUUUGGCGCUACUCGUGGAUUCGGACAGCCAUAUGAACGAGAUCGGACCUACGCUCUUCAAAAGAUUGCAUGACCCCAAUUGGGAAGUGAGAGAUAGUGUUCUCGAGGUUCUCAACACCAUCGCGACUAUUUCUGAAUACAAAUAUCCGGCAUUCCAAGACUUUCUGUUGAUUAACGAGUUUCCGAAAGUGGCAGUCGAUAUCAUUAAAACAGAUGAUGAGAGCUACGUGCGAGCGUCAGCGUUAACAUUCGUCGCGACUAUGAUACGCAUCAACAAGCUAUGGGAGCAGCAACUGUCGCAAGUAAAUUUAUCUGAAACGGCGAUUGAUCUACUCAGGAACGAAAGCGAGGCAAUAGUCAGGAGAGAGACUGUGACUCUAAUCAAGGAGUUAUAUGUUCAUCAGAACUGGUCGAAAGAGGUCAUCAAUUCGAUGUUGCGAGCAAUGUGUAUAGCGGCCGUGUUUGAUCUGCACUGGGAAGUGAAGACAAACGCAUUAUCUUUCUGGGACCACUUCGUCAAAUCACACUUGACUGAUCAGGGAAUGCUUGACAACUGCUUCCCAAACGUGACGUUUUCCAAGGAGCAUAGGAAGAUCGUGGCAUUGAACGAAACCGAGAUUAAGCGGAGGCUUAAUAAGGCACUGGACGAACUAGCGAGACAAAGUUGCCUAGGUGUGCUUCUGGUUACCCUAAAAGAUGAUAGCGACUUUGAGGUGUGCAAAGUGUCUGCCGCGAUAAUCGGCAAAUUGAAAACCUGCCUGCUUAAGUACAAGUUAGACGAACCGUCGUCACCGGUGGAAAACCACUCCGUAAUAGAUACCGUCUAUGUUAAAGAAACACCGUCCAUUCUCUCAUCUAUCUACGAUGAGAAAAUGCAAAAUGUCUCAAACAUUAUUGAGGAAAUCGUGGAUACAAACGAUGCCAAUCUGCUCGCAACCAUUUACAAGAACUCCAUGAACAUGGACACCGAGAUGGUAAAAGAGGAGGAGAAAGAAGAGAAGAAGACACUGCGUUACAUCUCGUCGGUAACGCGCCAAGAUUUCCUCCACGCGAUCUUCAACUGGGACAUCGACGCUUACAUCGAGGAGAAGAAUCGCUGGCUGAAAACGUAUACCAGUAGUUUUGAGUCGAUUCUAGACGACAUACUGACGAUGUACAAGCAGAAUGACGUCAAUUCGAUGGACUGCUACUAAAUUUGUAGCAAUGUUUCACGCGUGUCUUAACACAUUAAAAGGUCGAUCUAAAAUUAGAUGUUAUAAAGACUAAACGACUGAUCUUUUAAAGAAAGGCUAAAUGGGUCUUUUUAAGAAAGGUUUAUUAUAAAAAAGAUUUUAUGUUCUUAAAUGUACAGAUAUCAAUUAUCCUUUAUAGUCUAUAGUCAUCCAUUUCGUAAAUUAUUACAUCUAUUUCCAAAACCCUAAUUUUAUCUGCGCAAAAUAUCGCUGGCCAAUAAUGUGUUAAACAGCAUAUGGCAUGUGUUCUCUUUUUACAUUGGGAGAUAUGUUGAUUGUAUAAUUGUUACAUAUUGCAUAUAUAUGGAAUGCAAGUUGAUGUAUAUAUUCGAAUACGUCCCUUAGAUGGUUAAUCGAGUGUAUAGGGGAUUUAUUUUUAAUUUCUAUGAAGUAGUCCUUUAAACAGGCAGAAAUUCUUACAAAUUGAAUAUUCCGUUGUACUUUUUCUUAUGUAUAUUUUUUAAUCUGUUCUUUUAUUCUAGUGUUUUUUCUUCCACAUAUAUAUUUCUCUUAUUUCUUCUUUGAAUAGCAAGCAAGAGGCUGUGUAACGCUCUUGUUCUUAUUCUAAGUAAAUUCUAUUACACAUAAAAUGGCACAUACUUAAUGGUACUGACAUUUUGUAUAUCGUUAAUGUAAAUAAUAAAACAGGAAGCGAA